GCAGAGCCAAUGGUGCCAAAGUACAUGGAGACUCUUCAAACCUGGUGCAGCACUAAUCUGGAUCUUGGUCCCUCGGAGAGACUGGCCAACCUUCUACUGGUGGAAGGCCUGACAGAUCUCCAGCAAAGGCAACAUGAUUUUGUCCAGAUCGAAGUCACCCAUGAGGCCAGGCACAUCUUCAAGAAGAUCCCACUGGAGAAACUCUUCCUGCCUUUGUCCAAAUUCAGCAUCCCUCCACGCAUCUUGGUGACCGCUGGAGUUGCUGGCAUCGGCAAGAGUACCCUGGUCAAGCUGUUCGUCCACACUUGGGCCAAGGGAGAGAUAGGUAAGGACUUUGAAUUCGUGCUUCCUCUGACCUUCCGAGAACUGAACACUUACGACAGGCUUUCGGCAGAGAGGCUGAUCCGGCUGGCCUCCCCCUACAUAACUGAAUCGAGCUUUCUCUCAGUGGCGGCUUCCAGGACCCUCCUUAUUCUGGAUGGUUUGGAUGAAUUCAAGACACCGCUGGAUUUUUCAGACACCAUCAUUUGUACGGACCUCCUAAAGGAGAUCCAAGUGGACUGCUUGAUCACCAACAUCAUCAGAGGCCACCUCCUGCGAGGCGUUUGCGUGUGGAUCACCUCUCGGCCUACCGCAGCCAGCCAGAUCCCAGGCGGACUGGUGGACCGGAUGACCGAAAUCCAAGGGUUUGGAGAUGCAGAGAUCCAAGACUUCCUGGAUCGCCUGUUUGUUGACAACCGCAGCCUAUCUGACAGCGUGAGGGAUCAUCUCAAGACCAACAAAUCCUUGUACACCCUCUGUGCCGUGCCGUCUUUUUGCUGCGUUUGCGGCACUUCCGUGGGCUACGUUCUAAAGGGCACCGACCGCUCUCCGGAUGCAUUGGCGCUUCCUAAGACACUGUCCGAAAUAUAUUCCCAUUACUUCAAAAUGGUAUUGUGCGGCGAUGGGCAAGACAAGCAGAAGGAGACCCCCAGGAUAGAACAGGCGGUGAACAAUAACAGUAAGAAAACAAUGAACUGCCUGGGGAGGCUGGCGUUCUACAGUCUGAUCAAGAGGAAGCAUGUCUUCUACGAACAGGACAUGAAAACGUAUGGGGUGGACCUCUCCUCUCUCCACAUCAGCUUGUGCAACAGGCUGCUCCUUAAGGAAGAGACGCCCUUGUCCUCCAUGUAUUAUUUCCCCCAUUUGACGUUCCAGGAAUUCCUGGCGGCCACCUAUUACUAUGCCUCAGCCAAACGGGCCCUGUUUGACCUCUUCGUCGAGAGCGGCAUGUCUUGGCCCAAACUGGGCUUCCUCAACCACUUCAAGAACGCCGUCCACAGGUCCCUGCAGUCUGAGGACGGGCACUUGGACAUCUUUGUGCGGUUCCUCGCCGGCCUCCUCUCCCCGCAAGUGAACAAAGUGCUGUCUGAUUGGCUACUGGUGAAGGACGAGCAUCAGGGCUACCAGAGCCAGGUGGCUGGCGUGCUUCAGGGCCUCCUGGCUGUGGAUCAAGCUGUCUCCUGCAGGACCGUGAACCUUGUGCGGUGCUUGCAUGAGAUCCAAAAGGUGGAAAUGGCCGGCCACCUAGAGGAAGCUUUGAAAAACGAGAGCCUGGCUGGGAAGUUAACACCCGCCAACUGCUCCGUCUUGGCUUAUCUCCUGCAGACUUCUGAGGCCUGCAGCGAAGAGGCCAAUCUGUCCAGCUGCCUCAAUUAUCAAACCUUCCAAAGCCUUCUGUCUCAGCUCCUUUACUGCAGUAAUCUCAGGUUGGACAACAACCAGUUUAAAGACGGCGCCAUGGAUCUGCUUGCCAGCGUUCUGAGCGGAAAAGACUGCCAGAUUCAGAAGAUCAGCUUGGCAGAAAACCAGAUUGGCAACAAAGGCACCAAAGCGCUGGCAAGAUCAUUGAUGGUCAACAGGAGUCUCCUGGCACUGGAUCUUCGGAGCAAUUCCAUUGGCCCCCAAGGAGCAAAGGCACUUGCUGAUUCAUUGAAAAUCAAUCAAUGUUUGCUUUCUCUAAACCUCCAGAACAAUGCAAUCAAGGAAGACGGCACAAAAUCUCUGGCUGAGGCCCUCGUCAACAACCAUACGCUGAUGACUUUGCACCUCCAGAAGACCUGUGUUGGGCCCCAAGGUUCAAAGAGACUUUCAGAGGCGCUGAAGAAGAACUGGGGCCUCAAGGAGUUAAUAGUCUCCAGUAACUGCAUUGGAGAUGUGGGUGCGGCAGCCCUGGCAGAAGGACUGACAGGGAAUCACACCCUUUUAACUCUGGAUCUCCAGAGCAACUCGAUCAGUGACGUGGGGGUGACUGCGCUCACACGUGCCCUUUGCUCCAACCGAGGGCUCAUCAGUCUCACCCUCCGGGAAAACUCCAUCAGCAAGGAGGGAGCGAGCGAGAUCGCCCGGGCGCUGCGAGCAAACCGAACGCUGAGAAAUUUGGACUUGGCUGCCAACCUUCUGCAUGACGAAGGCGCCCAGGCCAUAGCGCUGGCGCUGAAGGAGAACCAGGCACUCGCUUCCCUGCACUUGCAGUGGAACUUCCUUCAAUCCCAAGCUGCCAAGGCCCUCGGUCAAGCCCUGAAAUACAACCAGAGCCUCACCACCCUGGACUUGCAGGAGAACGCCAUUGGAGACGAGGGUCUGGCAGCCCUGGCCUCUGCCCUGAAGGUGAACUCCACUCUCACUGCCCUCUAUCUCCAGGUGGCCAUGGUUGGCAACAGCGGGGCCAAGGCCCUAGCCGGGGCCUUGGCGACGAACCAGAGCCUCGCCACCUUAGACUUGAGAGGAAACGCCAUCGGGGUGGAAGGAGCCAAGGCAAUGGCCAGUGCCUUGAAACUGAACCGAGCCCUCCGCAGGCUGAACCUCCAGGAGAAUUCCCUCGGCUUGGACGGCGGCAUCUGCAUCGCCACUGCUCUGUCAGUCAGCCACGCCCUCACCUACAUCAACUUACAGGGCAACAACAUUGGCGAGUCAGGAGCCAAGGUGAUAGCCGACACCAUUCGCGCCAACGCACCCGACUGCAUAGUGGAGAUCUAAGAAGGAUGCUGCUGGAGGGCAGCCCGGGGCCCAUUCAGUCCACACUGGCGGGGAGCUGGCCAAAGGAAAGACCCCAAACCCAGGACCGUACAUCCUGGGAAUUGAGCCUGGACUAGACACAGCUUGGGCUGUUCUCACUUGCAUUUGGAGGUUCGCUGCUGCUGACAGAGGAGCUAGCCUGGUUCAGAGAGGGUCGGCGGAUCUUGACAAGCAGCCCAAAUGGUAUUGUUUGGGGCUCCCCCCUUGGCUGACGGCUCAGGUCCAGCUACGAACAGAUGCACCCACAAGAACACCAGAUGGAGGAG